UCACAUUGGCAGUGUUAUUAAGCAGAGAGAGCAGUCAGCUGGUACUCAAAUAUUCACUGAAACAGUCGAUUUAAGACUAGCUGAGUAUAAAAUAAGGAGGACAGGAGAAAAGUGAAGCUCCUCUUUUAUUAUAAGUUUAUUUCCCCACCAUAGCCUGAAACAGAAGACAGUUUUACAGUGUGACAGAAAGGCAGAGGAGACCAGCUCUUUGCUUUUCUUUAUAACCAUGCUGCUUCUGGACGAAUCAGAGUCAUUCGCAGAUCAGUCCCACAGCGCCCCCUUCAGCUCAGAGAAUGAGACUCAGGGCGGCAACCCGGCUGCGUGGCAGUGCACCCCGCCCCAAUCUACCUCGCCUUCGGCAGAGACGCCGGCACACCCGCCCUCCUCGCAGCCCAUGUCCAGGCCCCACUCCAGGCCGGCGAGCCGAAGCCCCACCCCUCCCUUGGCCUUGACGGGAAGCAAGAAGCAGAGCUCCAAGCCCACGCACAUGAGGCGAAACAUCAGGAAAGUACUUAGGGAGCAUCAGUUAGAUGCAGUGACCAAAGCUGCCCAGCAGGAGGAGGUGGAGAGACGGCGACGUCUGGGGGAGCAAAGAAAGCAGGAUUUUCUCGUAUCGCAGCUACCUGAAUGCACAACAGGUGACGUUGCCCAGCAUGUGUCCUCAUCAACAGCGUCCGUGUCAUUCCAGCAGGAAGUCAAGUCCACCAGACAGGAAGUUGUCUGUUUGGACUCCAGCAGCACAAAUUUUAAUGAAGAUGACCGCAAGACUAACAAACCUGCUUCUGCUGCUACAGAGCAAACUCAAAAAGCAGAUGUCUUCGAUCUGUGCACAAAUGAAGACGAUGCUUCUUCACGCGUCUGCAGCGAGUCCGCCAACGAAGAAGACGGCGAGCCGCGUGGCGCACACGCCAACGACGUCCAGAACCAAGCCGACUCGCAGGGCAGGGUGCUGGUCAACCUGAACCACCCGGCUACAGAAAAAAACAUUUUCCUGUCGCCUCAGCUGGCUCGAGUGGUUAAACCUCACCAGAUCGGCGGAAUCCGUUUCCUGUACGACAACCUGGUGGAGUCGUUGGAGCGCUUCAGCAACAGCAGCGGGUUCGGCUGCAUCCUCGCCCACAGCAUGGGUCUGGGCAAAACGCUGCAGGUCAUCUCAUUCAUCGACGUCCUGUUCAGAAACACUCAAGCUCACACUGUGCUCGCCAUCGUGCCAGUCAACACAUUGCAGAACUGGCUGUCAGAGUUCAACACUUGGGUCCCCCCUCCUGAGGCCUUACCCCCAGAUACUGACCCUGCACUGGUGGCCCCCCGCACAUUUAAGGUCCACAUCCUCAAUGACGAACACAAGAACACGGUGACCAGAGCCAAGGUGGUGGAGGAGUGGUCUAGGGACGGCGGGGUGCUGCUGAUGGGCUACGAGAUGUACCGCCUCCUGUCAAUGAAGAAAAGCUUUGUUGCUGGAAGGAAGAAGAGGAGCAAGAAAGCAGCAGGACCUGAUGUCAUAAAUCUGGAUGAAGGAGACCGACAGCAGGAACUGCUUAAAGGUGUCGAGAAAGCCCUGUCCCGACCUGGUCCGGAUGUUGUAAUCUGUGAUGAAGGACAUCGCAUUAAGAACUGCCACGCCAGCACGUCUCAGGCUCUGAAGAGCAUCCGAACGCGCCGCCGUGUGGUUCUGACUGGUUAUCCGCUCCAGAACAAUCUGAUCGAGUACUGGUGCAUGGUGGACUUUGUCCGUCCCAACUUUCUAGGUACGCGUCAAGAAUUCAGUAACAUGUUUGAGCGUCCCAUUCUGAAUGGACAGUGCGUGGACAGCACACCUCAGGACGUCCAGCUGAUGAGGUACAGGAGCCACGUCCUCCACAGCCUGUUGGGGGGCUUCGUCCAGAGGCGAGGCCACGACGUCCUGAGGGACCAGCUGCCCUCCAAGCAGGAACAUGUCAUCCUUGUGCGUCUGUCUCCUCUGCAGAGGGCGCUCUACACCGAGUUCAUGAACCGCUUCAGGGAGGCGGGAAACACCGGCUGGCUCAGCCUCAACCCUCUGAAGGCUUUCUGUGUCUGCUGCAAGAUCUGGAACCAUCCAGACGUGCUCUACGAGGCCUUGCAGAAGGAGAAUCUGACGAGCGAGCAGGAUUUGGACCUCGAUGACAUCACCUCCACAGGACACCCCCGAUGUCCCACCGCAGCCUGUCAGAAGUCGAAGAACUUCGACAAUCCAGAUCCCAUUGGCGGACUGAGUCUCAACCAGCUGCAGGAGAAAGCCAACCAGGUCAUCACUUAUGAAUGGGCCAACGACAUCAUGUGUGACUACAAGCCCGGCCUUCUGGAGAACUCUGCAAAGAUGGUGCUGCUGUUCCACCUGAUAGAAGAAAGUGUCAAAAAAGGAGAAAAAAUUCUUGUCUUCAGUCAGAGUUUAUCUACACUGACUGUGAUCGAGGAUUUCUUAGCCAAGAGACCAGUGCCUCCUCCACCUUACACAACCAGCAAAGACAGACUGAACCAGAAUUGGGUCCGCAAUCUCAACUACUACAGACUGGAUGGAAGCACGACGGCUUCAGAGAGAGAGAGACUGAUAAACCAGUUCAACGAUCCGACAAACACCUCGACGUGGGUUUUCCUGCUGUCGACAAGGGCUGGCUGUCUGGGAGUGAAUCUGAUCGGGGCAAACCGUGUGGUGGUGUUUGACGCCUCCUGGAAUCCCUGCCACGACGCUCAGGCUGUUUGUCGCGUCUACCGCUACGGUCAGAGAAAACCGUGUCACAUCUACAGGCUGGUGUGCGACUUUACUCUGGAGAAGAAAAUCUACGACCGUCAGAUCUCCAAACAGGGCAUGUCUGAUCGUGUGGUGGACGAUCUGAACCCAGUCCUGACUUUCACCAGGAGAGAGGUCGAAUCUCUUCUUCAUUUUGUGGAGGAGGAACCAGACCCAUCCCAGGUCCAGCUGCAGCCCUAUGUGAUUAAAGACAGCAUCCUGCAGAAGGCUCUGCACCUCUACACUCACCUGAUCACUAAGCAACCCUUCCCUCACGAGUCCCUGCUGAUGGACCGCAGAGAGCUGAAGCUGAGUAGUGCAGAGAAAAAGGCCGCUAAGAAGGGUUACGAGGAGGAGAAAAGGGCCUCGGUGCCGUACACCCGACCGUCCUAUGCUCACUAUUACCCCGCCAGUGACCAGAGCCUCACCAACAUCCCCGCCUUCAGCCAGAGAAACUGGCGCCCUCCCACCCGCACUGAGGAGAAACCAGUGGCAAACGUCCGACCAGUCCAGUCGGCACCAGUUCCCAUGAUGCCUCGCCAGGUGUCCGCAGGUUCGGCCCCAGACCGAGACCCCUCAAGGUCCACCCUCGGAGGCUUCAAUGUGAACUGCCUGCAAAAAGCCGGGGUGUUUGUCCAGAAAAUUGUCACCACUACUGACAUCGUGAUUCCAGGUACCAACAGCUCAACAGAUACUCAGACCAGAAUCCCUGCUGGGGAGAGUAUUCAUGUCAUCAGGGGCACAAAAGGGACAUAUAUCAGAACAACAGAUGGUCGAAUCUUUGCCAUCAGAGCAGCUAAUAAGACCAAAACCAUGGAUGAGAGUGGAACAGCACCACCCAAAAAUGCGCAAGCCCCACUUCAGGAGGUUUUAACCAAUCACAGUAACGGGUGCCUGUCACCUGACAACAAACAGGUGUCACUGAAGUCUGUGCCCCGCCCCCUUUCCCCCGACAGCCCUGAGAUCAUCGAUGAGCUGCAGCGCUACACGUGCGGCGCAGGAGCCGAUACCACAGCAGAGAGCAGCGUGAGCGGCGGCGGCAGCCUGAACCACCACGACGCCUCUGCUGCUAACGUAAUCCAGUCCAACACGGACGCCGCCGCCGCUCAGGACUUGAGAAUCGGCACGAAGCGCAAAGCCUCCGCGCCGCCCCCGGACGAGGGCGCGAGCAAGCAGCCCUUUGUGGGCAAACUCUCCUCGGCCACUCUGCCGUCACAGGGCUUCCCUUUCACAGGGGGCUAUGGCCUCCCUCCGAUGGGUCUCAGCUCUGCCGUGCUGGGCGGUUCCCUGAGGCCCCCGGUCUUCAUGGGUUCAGGCUCGCACUACUUCCACCCACCUACCGCUCAGCUGGGUGACCCCAGCUACGUGUACCCAGAUCUGUUUGGCAUGAACGGAACUAGCACUGUCUCCGCUCCCUCCUCCUCCUCCUCAGCAACACCAACCAGUUCAGCCAUCUCAUCCUCCUCAUCUGAAUUGGUCAAAGCCACCAGUUCACUUGCAGGAGCUGUUCCGCCGUUCAUGCUGAACCCCGGCAUGCCUGGGAUGCUCCCACCGGGCUUCCCCCUCUCCUACACUCCAUCUCUGGCCAGCCUUUACUCCGGCUCGAUGCUACCGAGCGGCGAGCUGGGUCCAGCUGGCACGCCUGGAGCAGCUGGAGCCAGCUUCUUGUCCCAGUACCCGCCCACUGCUGCCUCUAGUUCCUCCUCCUCCUCCUCGCCUUCCUCCUUCUCCCCUUCAGCGCGACCUGAGGGUCAGCGGGCACCGGUUCUGGUGAAUAGCGGGGAUGUUAGCAGCAACAGCAGCUCUGAUGAUUAUGAUGAUGAUGAUGAGGUAACUGAGGUGAAGGAACAAUAAAACUCACAGCUAUUUACAAACAGGAUAAAGUCCUGUUUGCCAAAAGGCAGGUUUUUAAAGCACCUGUCAUGGAGGGCUUGAGGGGGCGCCAAGAUGUUCGUUUUGUCACCUGCAUUGCCUUGAAGAAACUGUAGAAAGAGUGGCCGAACACAGGCCGGACGCAGGAUAUCAGAAUGUGAAACCUGUGAAAAAAAGGUGUAAAAGAUUCAGAGGGAAGAAGAAAUAGACAUUUUGUGGAGUCUGAGCUUCCAAGUUCAGUUCUGGCAUUAAUGUUUUCCUCACUGGACCGAGCAGCACCGGGUGUGUGGGAUGCCGUUAGUUGCGUAUGUCCAGUAGUUGUGUAGUUGACUAUAGAGAUUCAGUUUCUGCAGCUUUGCUCAACGUGAGGACGCUUGCUUACGGCUAACUUAAAAAAAUAAAAAUUAAAAAAAACCCAGCAACCAUAAGGUGGUGUUGCUUAUUUAAAAAGCAGUUCAGGUAGAUGAUAGUAAAUUCUGUUAAAUAACUGAAACAGUGUUGCUGAAUAUUGCUACUGAAUAUUUCUUUGAAAUAGUUAAGAGAUCAAACCAAACUUUUCAAAAAAUGUUUUCUUUUUUUUUUUUUUUUUUUUUUUUUUUGGAGAGCAUAAGAGUUCACUGCCAGGACAGACGUAUUGUACAAUUUAGACUUUUUUUAAAAACAGAAAAGAUAUGGAAUCUUAAAUUGUAAGAGAAACGGUUGAUAUCGGUGAUGACAGCUUAAUGAAACUUUAAAACUCUAAUGAAAGAAUGUACACUUAAUUAAAUGCUUCUUUUUUUUUCCAGGCCUUUUUUGGAAAUGCUCCUGUUUAGGCAUGGGAUGUAGGGAAAUGUUUAUUUAUUUUUUAUAAUUUUUUUUGCUUGUGUGUUGUAUUUUUAAACUAAGCUUUUUUAUUUACAUGUAGAAAAUGAUUGCCUAAAAUCAGCCAGGUGAAAACGAGAAAAAAAAACUAGUGAGGUGUCCUCCUCGUAGCGGAGAAACAACCAACAGAAAUGCCUUUCUUUGCCUCCAUCUUUCUGAAUGUUAGCUGUGAGAGAGGAGAGGUAAGACGGUCGCCUCAGCUCUCUGAAUCUCACCCACAGUCUUACUGUAGCCUAUAGUGACAAAAACGAUGCAAAACACUCACUCAAGCCUAUAUAAAGUUUUGUAAAAGCCCAGGGGAGCUGAGCCCGCAGCCUCCGGUUGCGGUUACGCUCGUGUCAUCCGUGUGUCUGUAUCUGCGUCUCGUGUUUUUAAGGCUAAGAAAAGAAUUACGGUAAUAAAAAAAGCAAACUUACAUUAUAAAGCUUGACCUGUUCCGACAUAAAUUUCACUCUCUCGGCUGUAUUAUUUUUUUCCCCCGCAUUUUUUGUCUUUCUUUUUCCACAUUGGGAAGAGAAAACAAAAUAAAACCAAACCAGUUGUUUGAGGGAGAGACGAGCAACAUCAGGAGCCUCCCUCAAAGAGAGGAUUGUGUCUUAAGAGACCAAAUAAUGAACACAGAGCAGGUUUUAUUUCAGAUUCACCACAGCUGCACACACUCGAACAUAUCCUUGACUGCACUGUAAAACCCAGUACACUUCUGAAUAUAUUUGUUGAAAACCAGAAGAGAAAACUGGAAAACCCUAACAUGAUUCUUUUUUUUUUUAGCCUAAACAUUAUCACCAAGUGUUCUGCUUUGGUCAAUACUGUCCUGGUGUGUAAAUCUUUGUUCUCUGUAACAGCUGCAGCGAGAGCUUUAACAUAAAAAAACACACACUGGCUCUUUAUGUAAAAAAAAAAA